AAUGUUUUCCCUUUCUUGACGUUACUUACUACCUUUCAGCUGACACAAGAACUAUUACCGAUUGUAUUGACAAAACUGUUGAUCCAUAUCCUUUUUCCCUUUUCUGGAUAACCCCUUCUUUUUCUUCUGAUCUCAAAAAUCUUAAUGGGGAGAUUAUUUGUGUUGACUCUUGAAGGCAAGAUCUACAGCUGCAAACACUGUGGAACUCAUCUUGCCCUUUCUGAAAACGUUGUUUCCAAGUCUUUCCACUGCAGACAUGGGAAAGCUUAUCUCUUCAGUAAGGUAGUGAAUGUCACUUCUGGCGAGAUAGAAAAUAGAAUAAUGAUGACUGGUAUGCACACUGUGGCAGACAUUUUCUGCGUCUGUUGUGGGUCAAUUGUUGGAUGGAAAUAUGAGACCGCCCAUGAGAAGAGCCAAAAAUACAAAGAAGGAAAAUCAGUGCUUGAGCGGUUUAAGAUUUCUGGCCCUGAUGGAAGCCAUUACUGGGCCAGUCAUGAAACUCAUGUGGCAGGAAGUGAUGCCGAUGAUGUUUGAUCACCAUCCAGAAAAACAAUUCUAUCCCCAAAUGUACAUUCUUUAACCCACCACCCCAUUAAUUCUUUAUGGACCAUUGGAUUCUUGAAUAGCUUAUCAUGUAUAAUAAUAUGAAGCAACCAUGUGUUGUUGCUAACUAACAUGACCAUCUGCCUGUAUUUGUUUGCAAUGUCAAGACGUUAUUACUAGCAA